GUGUUAUAUGUUUAAAAACUACAUUUUACUACUUAGUAAUAAUCUGAACUGAAGGGUAUUACUUAUAAUAACAUAAAUAUCAGAUCGGUAUUGUCUAAAACUCAGCAAUAAGAGUCUCUCAGUAGCUGAACAGACUUAAGUCCUGUCUCUGUUUCUCUUUCUUUAAUGCUCAGGACCCCACAGGACUGCAGUAAAACUGAUUAGCAUGGUGGUGGUGUAAGAGGUGUUUGUGUGUGUUGUGCUGGUAGAAGUGGAUCAGACACAGCAGUGCUGCUGGAGUUUUUAAAACACUCCUGCAGCUCUGUAAGGGCUUGUUUUGUUAAUGAGCUGAUUAUUUGGGCGAUUGAGAGGUUCAAGCUGCCAAUGUUGGGUUCUUGAACACCCUUGUUGAGUCCAAAUUCCAUCUGAUUGUUGUGUCUUAUCUUGUCUACUCUUCUGAAUAUUCAGUGCAAUUACACAUUCUCACCAGAGAGGUCUCCAAAUCCCCGUUCUCACAAACGUGCAGCCUGUUCCUUUAAGUGAGAGUGAAAGUAAAAUCUGAUCAUUUCCUGGAUUCCCUGCAGGUUUUCCUGAGUCUCUACAAUAAUUCCUGUUUGAGUCAGACAGUGUGAGUAUUGUUAUCUUGGCUAAUGAGUAGAAUUACAGGAUAGUUCUGUUCACUUCUCUCCAACAGAGAACCAGGAAACAAAAUCUUCACACUGUAAAAUGGCAGAAGCCAAUGUUUCACUGGCUCAGGAUGAGUUCAGCUGUUCAGUCUGCCUGGAUCUCCUGAAGGAUCCAGUGGCUAUUUCCUGUGGACACAGUUUCUGUAUGGUGUGUAUUAACAAGUGCUGGGAUGAGGAGGAUCAGAAGAAGAUCUACAGCUGCCCUCACUGCAGACACACCUUCACCUCAAGACCUGUCGUGAGUAAAAACACCAUGCUGGCUGAGGUGGUGGAGAAACUGAAGAAGACGAGACUCCAGGCUGCUCCUCCUGAUCACUCUUCUGCUGAUCCUGAAGAUGUGGAGUGUGAUUCCUGUACUAGGAGAAAACACAAAGCCGUCCAGUCCUGCCUGGUGUGUCUGGCCUCUUUCUGUGAAGCUCACCUCCAGCCUCACUACCAAUCUCCAGCCUUUAAGAAGCACAAGCUGGUCAAAGCCUCCAGACGACUCCAGGAGCAGAUCUGCUCUCAGCACGAUAAACUGCUGGAGGUUUACUGUCGCUCAGACCAGCAGUGUAUCUGCAUGCUGUGUAUGCUGGAUGAUCAUAAAGCACAUGAUACAGUGUCACUUGCAGCAGAAAGAUCUGAGAAACAGAAGCAAUUGGUGGAAACACAGAGGAAAUACAAGGAGAGAAUCCAGGAGAGAGAGAAGGAGCUUCAGGAGUUAAUAGAAGCUGUGGAGAAUCACAAGCGCUCUGCUCAGACAGCAGUGGAGGACAGUGAGAAGAUCUUCACUGAGAUGAUCCUCUCCAUUGAGAGAAGACGCUCUGAGGUGAGGCAGAUGAUCAGAGAUCAGGAGAAAGCUGCAGUGAGUGAAGCUGAAGAACGUCUGAAGAGACUGGAGCAGGAGAUCACAGAGCUGAAGAGGAGAGAUGCUGAUCUGGAGAAGCUUUCAUUCACAGAGGAUCACAUCCAUUUCCUCCAGAGUUUUCAGACUCUCUCAGCUCCUCCUGGAUCUUCAGCAUCACCUGCUUUUACUCUCAGUCCUCUCAACACUUUUGAAGUUGUUAUGAAGUCUGUUUCUCAGCUGAGAGGAAAACUAGACGAAUUCUGGAAAGAGGAAUUUGAGAAGACAUCAGCUGCAGUGAAGAAAGUGCAGAUCAUUUCUGAACCCCAAAGCAGAGAAGAGUUUCUGCAGUAUUCCUGUCAGCUCACACUGGAUCCAAACACAUCCAAUAAACAGCUCCUCCUGUCUGAGAGGAACACAGUGGUGACCCGCAGCGACACAGUCCAGCCAUAUCCUGACCAUCCAGACAGAUUUGAUAGACGUGCUCAGGUUCUGUGUAGAGAGAGUGUGAGUGGACGCUGCUACUGGGAGGUUGAGUGGAGAGGAGAUGGAGGGGUUUAUAUAGCAGUGUCUUAUAAAAGCAUCUCCAGGAAGGGAGAAGGCUUGGAGAGUUUGUUUGGGGGUAAUAAUGAUCAGUCUUGGAGAUUGUUCUGUAAUUCCUCCAGAUACACAUUCAGUUACAAUAACAGAGAAACUGUAAUCUCCGGAGUGCCCGUCUCCUCUAGAGUAGGAGUGUAUGUGGAUCACAGGGCAGGAACUCUGUCCUUCUACAGCAUCUCUGAUACCAUGACCCUCAUCCACAGAGUCCAGACCACCUUCACUCAGCCGCUCUACGCUGGGUUUGGGUUGAGUCUCGACUCAUCAGUAAAUCUUUUACUUUCAGCAAAAUAGAUGAACAUGCAGAACAAAGAGAAGAGCUGGAUGAGAUCAGAUAAGAACUGCAGAAUCUAGACUGUAGAGCUGAUCAAAUAAAUUUAUAAUAGUGCUGGGAGAUAUUGUUAAUAUAAAUAAUCAUAAUUCUGAACGGUAAUUACGUCUGUCUCAGAUUAGAACUGCAGGUACAUUUCCUUUAUGGAAAGAUUUAUUCAGAUUUAGCGUUAAAUAGUUUAAACUGUUUAUAUCAUUAACAGAGCUCACAGUAACAGAGUUCAUAUUUUAAACUUCAUAUUACAGAAUUUUAUUAAUUUU